AAACUCCACACAGAGAUAGCUGAGGGUGGAAUUAAACUCGGGUCUCCUAGCCUGCGUGCUAACCACUCAUCCGCCAUGCAGCCCUGAAAUAAGACAGUAUUUUCCAAAUUAUUUAAAUGGGGCCUAUUAUGCUCAUUAUUGGCAUUUGUAUUAAGCUACACAGGAUAACCCGCAUAGAAAGCUUUGUAGAUCUUCCAGAAUCUGCACCUAUUCCACUGUAUUUCCUUGGAUUCCCAAGGAAUCCAUAUAUGUAUACCAUAUAUGUGAUAUGGUAUUUAUUUAACCUCGGUUAGCAUCCGCCCUGGUUAGCAUGUAUUUUGGUUAAUGUUGAACAUUUAUGCCCCAAUUUUACCUUGGUUUGCAUGCCCUCUCUGGUUAGCCAACAAUAUGAUGCACCUUGUUGUGUUAUUAUCUCCCUCAAUAAGAUGUAACCAUGUAACCAAGGCAACCAAUGCUAGAUUGACAGAUAUUAUGACCGAUUCGUUCAUUUUCUACCAUGCACUGGAGCCGAUUCACACUUAUAUUCAUGAAUAUGCAGUGGAACCUCGGUUAGCAUCCGCCCUGGUUAGCAUGUAUUUUGGUUAAUGUCCCCAAUUUGACCUCGGUUUGCAUGCCCUCUCCGGUUAGCCAACAAUAUGAUGCGCCUUGUUGUGUUAGCAUCUCCCUCAACAAGAUGUAACCAUGUAACCAAGGCAACCAAUUGUCCUCUACAAUGUAGACCCUUCGUUAUUUAUUAUGACUUAUUCUUCUAAUUCUUCUAUUUAUUCUUUAUUUAUUCUUCGAAUUUCUAAUUUCUAUAUUUUGUACUGUCAUACUGUCUUGCACUGAAAAUUGAGCUGCUGCAAUUUCAUUCUACAAUAUGUAAAAUGACAAUAAAAGGCAUUCUGAUUCUGAUUAUUAAUAGCGACACUGUGUGAGUCCGUAAACUCAAUGUUGGAGAGACCAAGCAACCCUUAUCCAAACACAUGUCAUAACAUACAGUAGAAGAGCACUUUCUUUUGUCCCAGAGACAGGAAAAAUGUCCAAAAAUGUCCAAAUUCUGGAUUGAGAGGACUGCUGGUUUAAAAGAAACCAUUCAAAUUUGUCUAAUUCCACAGGAUUGCUAACAGACAGUCAAAAAAACCUGAUUGUAAUGCAGGAUGGCCUCACAGCUAGGAGACCCGAGUUCGAUUCCACCCUCGACAAUCUCUGUGUGAAGUUUCCAUGUUCUCCCCGUGCAUGUCUGGGUUUUCUCCGGGUUCCUCCCACAUUCCAAAAACAUGCUAGGUUAAUUGGCGACUCCAAAUUGUCCAUAGGUAUGAAUAUGAGUGUGAAUGGUUGUUUGUCUAUACUAUGUGCCCUGUGAUUGGCUGGCCACCAGUCCAGGGUGUCUCGCCCGAAGACAGCUGGGAUAGGCUCCCUUGUGAGGAUAAGCGGUAGAAAAUGAAUGAAUGAAUUUUAUGCAGGAUCUUCAUCAGGAUCAUCAAACCCAAACUUUAAGAACUUGAAGAAGCCAUUUGGUUUAAAGGUGAAACAUCUUCAACAAACAAGAAGAGUCCACUUGCCCUCAAUUCAACCUUUUGCGGAUUCAUUGACUUAUCCCAAAAGUAACAGAUCAGCUCUGGUGGCAAAGGUCAAUGCUGAUGUUCCAAAAAAUAAAAGGCUGUUGCUUUCAAUGAAUGACUUUCAGUGAGAAUGUCAGUGUGUUCCUGUGGAGAUAAAAGUACCUCCUGCAGAGAUCAUGGCUUUUAUGCACCCCUUCCUUUCUCUCCAACACACACACACACAUAUGUUCCUACAGCAGACCGCUCUCGAAACCAUGUGAAGUGCUUCAGCAUAGUAUAAGUGCUCAUUCAAGGUGCUGGGACAUGUAAUGCUAGGAGUCCAUUAGGCCGGUACCAGUUCACGCUAAAGAUUAUAUGAUUUAUGCCGCGUAGUGGCUCGCUAGUGGCUCGGCAUGUUGCCAUGUUGCCGUUAUUCGUCGCCACAGCGAGUCACUACAUGCCAAUCACAUAAUCUUUGGCGCAAACUGGCACCAACUGUCCCCGGCCCAGUGGACUCCUAGCAUCAUUGGCGCAACUUGGCUCGAGCCAUUACAUUCCAGUGGAUUCCAGUAGGCGGAUUGUUUGUGACAUUUGGUUCCACUUGGUGGACACUUCCCACCAAUUGCUUAAUGCAAGUAAUGACGAUUUUAAACAUUUUUAAGUUUUCUUGCUGCAAAAUUCAAAUUUUGCCACCAUUAUGGGCCACCAUGAGCCAGUUGGGAGGCAGUUUGAGCCACUGCACUCCACUAGGCACCUUAUUGGUGACACUAGGCACCACAGUAAAUUGCAUUGGCUUGAACUGGCACCAACUGGCACCGGCCCAGUGGACUCCUAGCAUCAUUGGCGCAACUUGGCUCGCGCCAUUACAUUCCAGUGGAUUCCAAUAGGUGGAUUGUUUGUGACAUUUGGUUCCACUUGGUGGACACUUUGCACCAAUUGCUUGAUGCAAGUGACGCAACUAAGAUUUUAAAGUUUUUUUAAGUUUUCUUGCUGCAAACCUCCAUUUUUGCCGCCGUUACGGGCCACCACGAGCCAGUUGGGAGGCAGUUUGAGCCACUGCACUCCACUAGGUACCUUAUUGGUGACACUAGGCACCACAGCAAAUUGCAUUGGCAUGAACUGGCGCCGGCCCAGUGGACUCCUAGCAUCAUUGGCACAACUUGGCCCGAGCCAUUACAUUCCAGUGGAUUCCAAUAGGUGGAUUGUUGGUUUGACAUUUGGUUCCACUUGGUGGACACUUCGUGCCAAUUGCGUAAGUUUUCUUGCUGCAAAACUAAAUAUUUGCCACCUUUACGGGCCACCACGAGCCAGUUGGGAGGCAGUUUGAGCCACUGCACGCCACUAGGCACCUUAUUGGUGACACUAGGCACCACAGCAAAUUGCACUGACGUGAACUGGCACCAAUGGGUGCCGGCCCAGUGGACUCUUAGCAUAAGAUACUGUUUGAGCAUCAUUUUUAUAUACACACGUGUACUGGAUGUAUGAAAGUAGCGGCUUAUUUACGGUAGUAGUCUCGUGUUAUUUGAUGACCCGAUUAGGACAGCUUUGAAUAUUGUUACUCACUUGGCUGACAACAUAAAUACAAUUUCGGUUAUUAAAUAAUUUAAAAUAAAAUGGAGAUUGUCACAACAUGCGGUCCGUGGUCGAAUGUCUAUAAUAUGUCAAGACAAGACACUCACAGCUGUCUACGUUCUAAUCACGUGUGUGUAAUAAUCGCUGACAUUAGUGUGACUCAUAUUUGUGCCGGUCGGGAAAUUAUGUGCAAAUCUAUGUGCAAAUAAAAAAAAUCUCGUCAUCGGGAAGCCUUAAAGGUGCAGCCGCCGCCUUUCAGUCAAAGCCGCCCUUUAAUCUCCAUCUAUUUGUCACUUCCUCUGAAGCCUUUAUGGCUUUGCUCUGCUCUUCAAUUACUCCUUCAGCUCUUUUUUUCCUAAUUUUCCUCAGCCUCUGCACAGAUUUUAUUCGCCCACUUUGCCCUUUUCGCUCCUUCCCUUUGCGUUUCUCUCCCAUCUGUCUUCCCGUAUUUAUCACUCGGCAAGCAUUCACAAAAGCUCUUAAGAAAAAGAUGAAAAGAUGGCAAAUCCAGAGAACGAGAGCAAAGUGGUUAUAGAAAGUCAACACAGUUUACCUUUUGCUUUAAUGUUAACAUUCAUUUUGGCUUGGAGCUUAGCAGCAUGACUUGACAAUAUUUGCCCACAAGUGUGUCCAAUGGCAAGGGCUAAACAAGAAGUUUAGAGGAAGACAAAAUAAUGAGCUCCGCCAACGAGACCACGUUGAAAGGCAACAUGAUUUAUAAGGAGAAUAAAAUGCCACUCAAGCUGUAUAUUUCCCCCCAGGGUGCAUUUUCCAUAGCUUUCACAUCCGCAUGCAACCUGAUAUUAGCACAUGCAGCGAGACGGUGAAACGGUAAACAUACAUUUAAAGGAAAAAUUAUUCUCUUUUCUGGCAUUCUAAAGAUAUAAAAACAGCUAAAAAGAGACAGCUCAGGGGAGACACUUAUUCCACCUAUAAAAGCUUCUGAAAGAGACUCAGAAAAACGGUAACACUCACCAAGUUAUAGCGACAUUGUUAUUAUUAUGAUGCUAAGGUCACUAAAAAUGUAACAUUAUAUAUUAGAGCUGCUCUGUAUUUUUAUUUUUUCUUAAAUAUUAAGGCUUCAAAUGUCUUGAAUGGGUAGGUCCCGUUACAUGCAGUAAUGAGCAGUCUAUUUUUAUCUGUUUUGAUAUCUUUAUAACACAUAGAAAACAAACAGAUGUGUAUUUAUGCCUCAAAUAAGGAUUUUUGAUGAUGGGCAAAAAAUUCCCGCAAAAUUGUGUGGUUCCCCUUUAAGGUCCGAGUCUCAUUUGUAUUCUUUCAUCUCCAACUGCCAGGAUAUUUUUAGCACAUGGGGAGGCUAUCUGUCACACUUUUUUAAGUUUUCAUACUGCAAAACUAAAUUUUUGCCGCCGUUACGGGCCACCACGUUUGAGCCACUGCACGCCACUAGGCACCUUAUUAGUGACAUUAGGCACCACAGCAAAUUGCAUUGACGUGAACUGGCACCGGCCCAGUGGACUCCUAGCAUCAUUGGCACAACUUGGCUCGCGCCAUUACAUUUCAGUGGAUUCCAAUAGGCGGAUUGUUUGUGACAUUUGGUUCCACUUGGUGGACACUUCGCGACAAUUGCUUAAUGCAAGUGACGCAACGAAGAUUUUAAAAGUUUUUUUUAAGUUUUCUUGCUGCAAAACUCAAUUUUUGCCGCCAUUAAGGGCCACGACGAGCCAGUUGGGAGGCAGUUUGAGCCACUGCACACCACUGCACGCCACUAGGCACCUUACUGCAGUAAUGAGCAGUCUAUUUUUAUCUGUUUUGAUAUCUUUAUAACACAUAGAAAACAAACAGAUGUGUGUUUAUGCCUCAAAUAUGGAUUUUUGAUGAUGGGCAAAAUUGUGUGGUUCCCCUUUAAGGUCCAAGUCUCAUUUGUAUUCUUUCAUCUCCAACUGCCAGGACAUUUUUAGCACAUGGGGAGGCUAUCUGUCACACUGGAAUUGCUAUUAAAUUAAUGUUGUUUUCUUCCUCUUUCUGCUCGAGGGAAGCUAAAAAGCAAUAAAAGAAAAGGGCAUUUUUCUUCGGGAUAAUUUAAGGAAAUAAAUGAGGGAAAAAAAGGCAGCCGGGCUUGUUUUGCUAUUUUUACAGCCCUAUUCACAAAGAGUUAUCCGCUGUAUUUUUUCUGCAUAUGUGUUAUUUAGAAUGACUGCCUCGGCAACACAUACAGUAGAUUUCCUUUGUAAGAAAUAGAUAGUAAAUUCAUCUCACACCCAGACUCGGACUCCUCCCGUGGUUCCUCGCCAUGUAUGCUGAAUUUACCCCAGUGGUUUGUUUUUUGUUUUUUUUCUCUCUAAUUGUUUGUCGGCCGUCGUUUCUGCUUCCUCAAGCAUGACUAUUUCACACUUGUCUUUUCUGCACUUGUCAUUGACGUGACGUUUCCUAUUUAAAUGUACACAAGUCAGGCUGAAGCACACGUGCGUUCUUAAUUACAUCCUCCCUGCCAGAUUGUUGCUGCUGUAGGUUAUUACAACAGAAUACUUAAUUGUUUUGGGUGUCACUCGGUUGUUUAUUGUGUGAUUAUUAUAUGCUCUCUUGGCAACAGCACUUAACACAUGACAAAUGGCCUCAAUAUAAAACAGUAUUUUUCAUAGAAAAAGACAAGUCGUCAUAUAUUCAGGUCUAGAUAUUUACACGUCAGAGUUUUUCAUCCCGUCACUUUGAAUAUAAAAAUAAAAAAAAUAUUUUUCCAAAAAGAAAAAGGUCAUUAAACACAUCAUAGUUAAACAACUUCUCAGUAAUGCCGUUUUCUUGGUAACCAUACAGACGUAAAACCAACUCCUAAUCUUUUCACGCUCGGUGUAAAAUUCAAUCAUGUUUCCCUUCAGGGGCCAUAUUUGCAUUCUGAAUUACAUCAAACGUUAUGCAGGAACUUUCCGCCUCCCACUUUCUUUUACAAGAAAAGAAAAACUCAUUGAUUUUCUGUUGCUUUUGUGACCAAAAAUAGCGAUGUGCACCGAGCCCCCUUGUGUGCGUCGCUCCGUUCUGGAGAGAAGCCGUCAGACGGUGGGUUGGGAUUAGAGGAGAAAGGGGGGAGUGAGCCGACGGAGUGUGAGUUGCUUCCUGAUGAAGAGGCCACAUAAACAAGCAGCUAGUCUAGAAAGAGGAUGCUGCAGGAAUGAGAUGACACAGCAUGGACAAGGCUAACCAAGUUCCUUCAGUGUAUCCCCCUUCAUCUUAGUAAUAUUCAUUCAUUCAUUCAUUCAUUUUUUACAACUUAUCCAAUCACAGGGCACAUAUAGACAAACAACCAUUCACACUCACAUUCAUACCUAUGGACAAUUUGGAGUCGCUAAUUAACCUAGCAUGUUUUUGGAAUGUGGGAGGAAACCAGAGUACCCGGAGAAAACCCAUGCAUGCACGGGGAGAACAUGCAAACUCUACACAGAGAUGGCCGAGGGUGGUAUUGAACUUUGGUCUCCUUUUCGGAAAUAAAAAUACGUUUUUGUUUCUUCACUUUAUUUUGCUUUUAUUUUUCUUUUAAUUUUUUUUUUUAUUUUAUUUAUUGAACUUUGGCCUCCUUUUCAAAAAUAAAAAUACUUUUUUGUUUCUUUACUUUAUUUUGCUUUUAUUUUCUUUUUUUAAUUAUUUUUUUAUUUUUUUAUUUAUUUUUAUUUUAUUUAUUGAACUUUGGUCUCCUUUUUGAAAAUAAAAAUACUUUUUUGUUUCUUUACUUUAUUUUGCUUUUAUUUUUCUUUUUUUUUAAUUUUUUUUUAUUAUUUUUCAUUUUUAUUUGAUUUGUUUUUAUUUAUUGAACUUUGGUCUCCUUUUUGAAAAUAAAAAGACUUUUUUGUUUCUUUACUUUAUUUUACUUUUAUUUAACCUACAAAUGUGUCAGAUCAUUUUUCCUGACCCUGUACAAGCAUAGAAAUGUACCAUAAGGGAAAUACAAGAAUGCCAACAUAUAACAAAUAGGGGGAACAAACCGGGCAAACACAACACAACGUAUUGCAGCAUGCAAGAAUGCACGGACGGGGCCAUGCACGGGGAGAACAUGCAAACUCCACACAGAUAUGGCCGAGGGUGGAAUCGAACUCGGGUCUCGUAGCUGUGAGGCCUGCGUGCUAACCACCGAGGGUCUCUACCAACUGGGGAAUCCACGCUGUGCCCCCCAGAGCAGCAUCGAAGGACUGGAGGAUGUAGAGAAUUCCAAAUGCAGGACCCAUGUUCUGUUACUGGUGGUACACGGAGGAAACAUCCUGGACACGGUCGGAGGGGACCCGAGCACGAAGGCCGGCGAUGUGGCCACCUUUGCGUCCGUGCUGGAGAAGGUGACUCGGGCGCACUUCCAAGCCGCCGCCGAACAUGUGAUGAUCAAGCUGGUGCCGUGCCCGGCCGUGUGUGCCGAGGCGUUCUCGCUGGUGUCCAAUUUGAACCCAUACAGCUACGAUGAGAGUUGUGUGUCCAGCAGUGUGGACCACUUGCCAUUGGCUGCCCUGCCGCUCCUUGCCAUCGUUUCACCACGCUACCAGGAUGCUGUGGCUACAGUCAUAGCCCGGGCCAACCAGGUUUACCGCAGCUUUCUGCACUCUGAGGAUGGCCAGGGCUUCUCGGGUCAGGUCUGCCUGAUGGGAGACUGUGUCGGAGGCGUCUUGUGUUUUGAUGCUUUGUGCUUCAGCAGCCAGCAAAGACCAGGCAGCCCCAACAACAGCAACACCGGUCGAAUGAACAACAGCACUGAAAGUCUGAAGGAAAACUCGGGACUGUUAGGAGAGUCCAGCCUGGGUCUGACUUCCAGCAAAAGGCUGAGUAAGAGCAACAUCGAUAUCUCCGCCCCCAACGAAGGCCAUUGUCAAGGCGCACCGCCUCUCAGCCGCAAGCAAAGCGACUCAUACGAUGGCGAUACGUCAUCUACCGGCCAACAUGUCUUCUUUUCCAGUCUGAUGAAGGACAGCGUGGAGGUGCGCAGUAGUAGCAGCCCCAGUCUGGUGUUGAAUCCUGGUCAUUUUGACUUUGAGGUGACGGAUUGCUUCCUGUUGGGGUGCCCUUUGGGGCUGGUGUUGGCCAUGCGACGCACCGUGCUGCCCGCUGUUCAGGUGAACCAGCUCCACCCGGCCUGCUCUCAGAUCUUCAACCUGUUCUACCCGUCUGACCCUUCGGCGUCCAGACUGGAACCACUACUGCAACCUCUCUUUCACAAACUGCCCCCAUAUGCCGUCCCACGUUAUCAGCGAUACCCCCUGGGAGACGGACGCUCAUUGGUCAUAGCGGAGAGUAUCCAAAGCCAUCCCAACGUGUUUAUGGAUGGUGAGCAGACUGCACAGUCGUCCUCAGAGACCAAGUCAAUCGGAACAGGAGAAGAGAGAGUCCGUCGAGUCAGCGUGACCAGCGUGGAAAGCGGAAUGUCGAUUGGGUCUGUCGGUCAUCAGCUGGGUAACACCAUUGCUAACAUUUCCAGUAGCUGGUGGGGAUCCAAGAGAUUGGAUUACUCGCUGUACUGCCCCGAUGUGUUGACUGCCUUCCCGACAGUGGCUCUGCCUCACCUCUUUCAUGCGUCCUACUGGGAGUCCACCGACGUCGCGGCCUUCAUCCUCAGACAGCUCAUGCGGUGUGACUUUAUGAAGACACAGGAGGCGGACAAUCUGGACUCGGCACCCUUCUCACCCUCCAGCCCGCGGGAAAAGUGGCUCAGGAGGAGGACACAUGUCAAACUACGGAACGUCACCGCCAACCAUCGAGUGAAUGACAUCAUCGCCACAGAGGACGGUCCUCAGACACUGGUGGGCCGCUUCAUGUAUGGCCCCUUGGAUAUGGUGACGCUAACUGGAGAAAAGGUGGACAUCCUGCUGAUGACGCAACCCCAGUCUGGACGCUGGGUGCACUUUGACACGGAGGUGACCAACAGCAGCGGUAGGGUCACCUACACCAUACCUAGUGACAAGAAGCUGGGCCUGGGAGUCUACCCUAUUAAAAUGGUGGUCAAGGGAGAUCAGACGUCAGCGGAUGCCUACCUGACAGUGCUGCCUCGUGGCAUGGAGUGUGUAGUCUUCAGCAUCGAUGGCUCCUUUGCUGCCAGUGUGUCAAUCAUGGGCAGCGAUCCUAAGGUCCGCCCCGGUGCAGUGGAUGUUGUCAGGCACUGGCAAGACUUGGGCUACCUGAUCAUCUACAUCACAGGUCGUCCUGAUAUGCAGAAACAGCGUGUGGUGUCCUGGUUAUCGCAGCAUAACUUUCCUCAUGGGAUGAUCUUCUUCUCCGAGGGUUUGGUUCACGAUCCAUUGCGACAGAAGACCAUCUUCCUACGAAACCUCAUCCAGGAGUGUCACAUUAAGAUCAACUCGGCUUAUGGAUCCAUGAAGGACAUCUCCGUUUACAACAUGCUCGGCCUCGGCCCCUCACAGAUUCAAAUUGUGGGCAGACCUUCAAAGAAGUACCAGAACCAAUGCCAGUUCCUGAGUGAGGGCUACGCAGCACAUCUCUCCUCUCUCCAAUUUGGCCACAGAGCUCGACCAAAAAAAUCCCCCUCAGUCCGCAUGGUCCUCAGGAAAGGUUCCUUUGGGCUCACCGCCAAGCCAGAUUUCCUGUGUAAGCGCACCCACCUACGGAGGACCAUGUCGGUCCAGCAGCCUGACCCGCCCUGCACGCCCAACCCCAAGCCGGAACGCGCCCAGAGCCAACCAGAGUCGGAUAAGGACCACCACGGAGGGGGAGGCGGUGGCGGAGUCGGGCAUGGUGUGUGGGGGCGGGCCUCCAUGCAUCGUGGAGACACCACUCCCUGAUGCUGAUGCUGGGCGAGGAGACGCACGAGGAGGACAAUUAGAGUGAAGACCGAGGUUAGAUUGUAAAGUUUUUGUGAAUGGAAUAAUUCUAAUGAAUCCAAUACAAGAUCUGUAUCACAAAGUCUACCUUUACAAAAGGUAAUAAUACUCACUUAUGGAUGAUACCAUCCAGAUGUAGGAAGGCAUUAAAGAUGUAUAAAUUCUAUAAGAAAAUACACUUGAUGCUUUGUGUUGUUUUACUCGUUUUCAAUCAGCAACACCAUAACGUAACUGAUUGCCUUAUUGUGUGGAAAUAUGGGGUAAUAACUAUAAAAGCAAUCUUCACUCAAUAAUGUACUGCAAAAAAGGUCAGUAAGGAUAAUUCAUAAUGCCGCCUACAGAGAACAUACUAACUCCUUAUUUCUAAAAUCACAAAUACUUAAACUUGCUGAUAAUAGUUAAUAUUUAAACAACUAAAAUAAUGCAUGAGGCUAAAAAUAACCAAUUACCUAAAAUGUCAUCCAAUAGGAGAAAUAUGAUCUCAGGGAAGAACUACAUUUGAAACACUUCUAUGCUAGGACUAGUACGUUAAAUAGCCAUAGCAUUUCAGUAUGUGGAAUCAAACUAUGGAAUGGAUUGAGUAAGGAACUCAAACAAUGCACAACGAUGAGCCAAUUCAAGAAACAAUACAAGCAGUUGAUGUUUGCUAAAUACAAGGAUGAAGAGUCUUGAACCAGUCAUGAUGUGCUAUAUAUAUCACUAUAUUGAUGGUUACUAUGGUACUAUGGUACGUGACAAAAAAAAAAAUUAAAAUUUUUUUAAAAAAAAUUAGGAAAGCAGGAAGUGAACAAAUGUAACAGUUACUGAUUGUAAAAGUACCAAAUGGAGGGGUAGGAUUUAAUAAGCUUUGCUUCUUCCUACUCCUUUUGGACAUGUGGAACUGUGAACUGAUUAUGUGAUGCAUUCAAUUGUAAUCUGAUGCAUGUUCAAAUGAAAUGAAACCAUUACCAUUCAGAUUUAAUCAUCGGCUCAGAUAACCUUGACUUAUUACUUUCCUCAGCUCCCAAACUAAUCUGUUGCAAAAUAACCUUAAAGGCAGGGAAGCAACGAUGCCGUGUCAUUGGCCAGAUUGCAAUAACUAAGCAUCCAAUCAGCAAUGCUGUUAUUUUUCUGCUCACAGCCAUUCAGGGCAUAUUUGCACUGAAUUGUAAGUUUGCUAUGAUUAGCUGUGAUGCAAUUAAUUCCGUAUCACCUUCCAGCAUUUUGUAUGUAUUAUUGUGGUUUGCAGUGGUGUAGAAUUACUAAUUACUGACAUAUUACUAAUUACUAAUUACUUACAUAUUGGGCAUUGUUACAUCAAAAGUGAGAAUUAUUACAUUAUAAACACUUUUUGAUCCAGUUCUUGCAUUGGAUUGUACAAAAUGUGUGUACAAUAUGUACUUAAUGAAGUGCCCUUGAAAGUGCAUUGCUUUUUUAGUCACGUUUAUUUGUAUUCCCUUGCGAUUACCAUAUUGACCCAAAAAUAUAGCAACACGAAUAUAAAACUCUUUUUUUCAGGACGCUCCUUUAGAAACAUGUUUUUAAGACAAAAAUAACAACUAGUAGAUUGCGAUUAAAAAAAAAUAUAUACUUGCUUUUUUUUUCAAGCAGUUCCCGACUCUCUCCAGGUCACUGGUGGGUGUGAGUGACAAGCAGAAAAGCUCUGAUUUGCGCAUUUGGAAGUGACCCCUGAAAGCAGUUUUGAAUGGCUAUGGAAGCUGACGUCAAUGCAACCUGAACUUCCUUAUAUGGGCAUGCCCCGCAACCCCGCUCUGCGUGCCUAAAAAGGAAAGCAUCAGGCAGAAGUGGUUGGAGUGGUUGGAGUUACUUGGUUGUGUUGAAGAGUCAGAAGAGCAAGCUGUAGAUAAGUUAGCAGUCUCCUAACUGUGCUUAUUUUGUGUAAGUAAUGCUAGCAGUCCACUGGGCCCACGCCAGUUCGCGCCAAUUCUCGCCCGUUCUCGCCAAUUCGCGCCAGUUCUGGCCAGUUCGCGCCAAUCACAUAAUCUUGAACUGGCAUCAACUGGCACCGGCCCAGUGGACUCUUAGCAUCAUUGUUGCAACUUGGCUCGUGCCAUUACAUUCCAGUGGAUUCCAAUCGGCUAGAUUGGUUCCACUUAGUGGACGAAGAUUUUAAACAUUUUGAAAUUUUUUUGCCGCCAAACUCAAUUUUUUGCCACUGUUACGGGCCACCACGAGCCAAUUGGGAAGCAGUUUGAGCCACUGCACGCCACUAGGCACCUUAUUGGCAACACUGCAAAUUUCAUUGGUUUGAACUGGCACCAACUGGCGCCGGCCCAAUGGACUCCUAGCAUCACUGGUGCAACUUGGCUCGUUCCAUUACAUUCCAGUGGAUUCCAAUAGGCCAGAUUGUUUGCGAUAUUUGGUUCCACUUGGUGGACGAAGAUUUUCAACAUUUUGAAAUUUUCUUGCCGCCAAACUCAGUUUUUGUUGCUCUUACGGGCCACCACGAGCCAGUUGGAAGCCACUGCACGCCACUAGGCAUCUUAUUGGCGUCACUGCAAAUUUCAUUGGUGUGAACUGGCACCAACUGGAAUCGGCCGAGUGGACUCUUAGCAUCAUCGGUGCAACUUGGCUCGUGCCGUUACAUUCCAGUGGAUUCAAAAUGGCCAGAUUGGUUCCACUUGGUGGACGAAGAUUUUAAACAUUUUGAAAUUUUCUUGCCGCCAAACUCAAUUUUUGUUGCUCUUACGGGUCACCACAAGCCAGUUGGGAGCCACUGCACGCCACUAGGCACCUUAUCGGCGACACUGCAAAUUGCAUUGGUGCCAACUGGCACCAACUGGCGCCGGCCAAGUGGACUCUUAGCAUUCUGUAACAUUAUUGGGUGUGCAUACAGGGAGCAGAGGGAGUGUGACCAAGAGUCUGGAAGAUCAAAAAAGCUUUUUGUGCCGGUUAUUAUGUGUAACUGCUCUAUAGGAGUCCAGAACUCAACACAAAGGGUCCCAUUUUAAUGCAUAGGUGUGUGUGUGUGCUUGUGGGGGACUGGGUGACGAGUCUUCUAAAUCUCAUUGAGCCUAAAAGGGUGAAGAAAAGAAGCACAAUGUGGGGAAAAAGGUGUGCAAAAGGCUGAAUUUUCUUAUGUGAUAGCGUUGCAUGCUGACAAAUCCCCCCCCCCCCCCAAAAUUCCCGUGGCAACCUGAGUAAAAGAUGCUAUUAUUAGCAACGGCGCCUCCGGAGGGCAACAGAAUGUAAAUGCGCUCAUGAUUAUGUAAGAGCUGAUCCACUUCUUUUCCAGAUCCGGAGACUACGGCGUUAGCGCAAUCACAGAGAUGGCGGCGGUGUGUCAGCCGGAGCCUGUGGGAGCAAAUAACGCUGACACAGAGCGAACAUUAAUCAGAGUGUUAACUUUGCUUCGGAUGUGACAGACUUCAUUAAAUGCGUUUUCGCUCAUAUUGUAUUUGAAGCGUCGCCUCUAUGUGCGUGCUGAUUGGAUCCUCGCCUACUGCUGAGGCCUCAUCUGUAGUCAACACACUUUUUCACCAAUUUCACACACUUUUUGUCUUUGUGAAGUUUAUCUAACAAGUUCUGACUGUAAACACUUCAUUGCACUCGGACAUUCAGGCUUCAACCUUUGACCUCGAGGCCCCAGCAAGGCUGCUUAUAUCACCUUGUUUGCUUGGUCCCACCUCCCCAAAAUUAGAAACAAAAACAUUUGCACGACCAAAGUCUAAUGUAGUGGUUAUUGAUUCAGCUGGUACACAAACAUGUGUGUUUUUUAGUAGUUAAUGUGUUUUCAGUGUCGCACAAACACACCACUUUUAUGUGGAUGAUCAUUAAUUUAGAUUAUUGUGCGCGGCAAAAACAUCGGACUACAGUCAUAAAUCAUUACUGUUUCAUUGUUUUACAGCCAGGCUGCACGGCGGUCGAGUGGUUAGCACGCAGACCUCACAGCUAGGAGACCAUCCCAAUCAAUCCAAUCAAUUCAAUCCCACUUUCAGUCAUCCAUGUGUGGAGUUUGCAUGUUCUCCCUGUGCAUGCGUGGGUUUUCU